ACUGAAGUUGCUUUUCAGGUUCUACGGGCUGGGAAAUUACAGGUGUCCGGCUGUGCUUAGUGCAUCUCUUGCUAUUUUCAUAUUAUCUAGAAAAUAUCCAAGUCCUGUUGUUCAGACACAUUUUAAGCAAAAAUGAGCAAGAUCACAAAGUUAUUCAAGUCCUCUGGUGGGUCAGGAUCUUCGUCAAAGAACAGAAAAGGACCCAGUGCACAGGAGGCCCUCUUUAAACUCAGGGAGACGGAGGAAAUGUUAACCAAAAAGCAGGAGUACCUGGAAAAGAAGAUCGAACUGGAGCUGGCCACAGCAAAAAAACACGGCACCAAGAACAAAAGAGCUGCCUUGCAAGCAUUAAAAAGAAAGAAGAAAAUGGAGAAGCAGCUGGCACAAAUUGAUGGAACUCUUUCAACUAUUGAAUUCCAAAGAGAAGCCCUGGAAAAUUCACACACCAACACAGAAGUGUUAAAAAAUAUGGGUUACGCAGCGAAAGCUAUGAAAGCGGUACAUGAGAACAUGGAUUUAGAAAAGAUUGAUAACUUAAUGCAGGACAUUCAUGAGCAGCAGGAUGUUGCACAAGAAAUCUCUGAUGCCAUUUCUCGGCCGGCUGGGUUUUGUGAUGAUUUUGAUGAGGAUGAGUUGAUGGCAGAAUUAGAAGAGCUGGAACAAGAGGAUAUGAACUCUCAAAUGGCCAAUGUUAAAUUGCCAAGUGUUCCUUCAACAAAACUUCCAUCUCGACCAGCAUCUUCACGCAAGAAGGUGGAGGAUGAUGAUGACAUGCAGAUGCUGGCGGCUUGGGCCACUUAAAGAUGGAAGAAGUUUGGGUACAAUAAUAAAAAAUCUGCACAGGUUAAUUCUUGAAUCAGAAAAAACAUCACUGUGCAGUCAGUCGGCAGUGAGGCCAUUUCGUUCAAAGAAAUAACCCAGGACUAUAAAAAUGUUUCUCCCCAAAGGCUGCCUUCAUGAUCGCUUGUAGAAAAAUGUAAAUUAUAGAAAAGGAAUAUUUGUUUUUUUCCUGUGGCAAUAUUUAUAUGCACUUUUGUAUGUAUAUAGCUGUGUAUUUGUGAGUGCAGACAGAAGGGCCAGCUUCCUUUGGAAAUUGACAGAUGUAUGCAUAUAUGGAAAAAAGUCAUCUUCACACACAGGACUUCCAUAAAGCAAAGCCUUGGACCUUGUGCCUUUAUAUGUUUAAAACCCUGAGUGCCUUGAGGUAUCCUUCAGAUGUAUUAUAAUGGGCACCAUAUGGCCUUGCUUGUGCUGUAUAUAAUGAUGUAAGUAUUUUGGUUUAAUAAAAUAGUUUUGAUGCUUUGCCUCAAUAUAAUGUUA